GAAGAUUGUGCGAUGAUACAAAAAAAAUAAUCAGACCAAUUAGGAUUGAGGCGAAUGAACUUCUAAAGGAAUAACGUUUCUAAUUUGUUUAAUAUACUAUUAUUUGAUUGGUUAUUUAAUAAUACAACUACAGAAAUCUACAAAAGAUGAAAUGAAUGAGGUAUGAAAAUUUAAUUGAAAAUAUUAUCACAAUAACUUUGAACUAAAUGGAACUGAUGUAUAAGUGUACGAUUUAUGUAUUUUUAAAAAUUUAAUUAUGGAAUAUAAAAUCAGUAAUAUAUCUGUAUGGGAACGUUAUAAUGACAGUGAUCUAUUAUUAUUUAAAACAUUUGCACCACAUUUAACCAUAGUAGAAAGAGCAAAUUUUCCAUUAUGGGCUAUACUUGGUUUUCCUGGAAGUAUAUUCAGUAUUAUUGUAUGGAGUAGUCGUCCAAUGAGACGUGGUGGUAGUGCUGCUGCUGCAGUUUAUCAAGCUAGUCUUGGCGUUGUGGAUUUAUGUUUUUUUAUUAUACAUUUGAAUUGGUAUUUACAUGUGGCAUGGCAACUCGGUGUACUUGAUCAUCCGGUAAUUUGUGAAACAUUCCCUGUUAUAAAUUAUUUAAUACAAUAUCUAAGUCCUACAUUGGCAUUUACAUUCACAUUAGAAAGAUAUUUAGCAAUAUGUCAUCCAUUCCGUUCACAAAGAAGUGUAAUGCGUUCCACAGUGAAAAGUGCUUUUAAAUUUAUUGCAAUCAUGUUUGCAUUUUGUUUGAUUACAGCUAGUGUUCAAGCAUUUGUAUAUGCUUAUAAUAAUGGUGUAUGUACUACUAGACCAUCAGUUGAAGAUCCUAAUUCUAUUGGAUUUAGUUUAUAUACAAAUUGGACUUUUAUCACAGAAUCGUUAUAUUUUUUCUGUUUACCAAUUACUUGUCUUGUAUUAAAUAUAUUAGUCAUUGGAGUAUUACGACAAAGUAUUAAAUCAAAACGAAAUACUUUAAUUGCAACAACAGUCAAUGGUAAUUCAAAUAUAAACUGUGAUCGUAAUCAAAUUUCACAACCGAUAAGUAAAGGAGCACGUUCAAGUACAUUGACAUUAUUAUGUACAUCAUUUUAUCUUAUUAUUGCACAUCUAUCUGUAGCAAUAGCCGUAGUAAUUCAUAAACGUUUACCAACUGGUAAUGAAUAUUUAAGUGAUGAACAAAUACGUAAUGAUCCUGGUUGGACAACUUAUUUUCGUUUCUUUACAGUACGUGUAUUAAUUGAAUGUUUUGCAAUGACACAUUAUGCUGCGAAAUUUCCAAUUUAUUUAGCAACAAGUAAACAAUUUCGUUAUGAAUUUUGUAGAAUAUUUCAAUGUUUUUGCAGAAAUCAAUCUUAUUUAUUACGAGAUACUGAUGCAGAUAUUGAUCAAAAUACACAUUUACAAAAUGGUAAACGUUCAACUUUCAUAUGUAACAGUAAACCUUCAUUAAACACUGUAUGUAAAACAAGUUUUACACAAAAGAAAUUAAGAAAUUCUUCUGUAUCAUUCACUUCUACAAAUCAAAAGUUAUCACCUACAAAAAUUCGAAGACGUCCAUCACCUGGUCUAAGUCGUACUGUAUUAGGUGUAGAUGGACAACGUGUAAAAGUUAAAUCAAGUAUUUCUAUAAGUGUUUAAUAAAUUCAAGAAUUAAACCAAAUAUUAUUAUCUACAUCAAAUGAACAACACCUUCACUCCCACCCCCCUCGCGAAAAACUUAACAAAUAUGGCUACUUUUAAUUAUUCAUUUCAGUUACGACGGUGUAUUUUUUUUAUAUACGCUAUACAAAACAUAUAAUGUAUGAAUGAAAAUUUAUUAUUUUUAUAAACAAUGUAAAAUGUCAUAAACAUUAUCUCUUUAAUAUGAACAAUUUUAUUAAUCGAUAAACAAAUAUUUGUUUAUUUAUUUGUUUGUUUUUUUUCUAUAGAAACUAAUAAUCUAUGCAUUCGACAUCCAGAAAAAAAGUGUGUUCAGUGACCGCUUAGAUACUAUACUAUACUGUUCAUUCAAAACAUUAUCACUAUUAUUAUUCAUAUGAAUGACAAUAAAAAUUUAUCAUAUUUUAUUUUAUUUCAUUUCAAGUUUAAUAAAGAAUAAUUAUGAUAGAAUAUUCUAUUUGGGAAUUUAUUGAUAGUGAAAUAUGAUGUAAUGAAUUCAUAUUUUAAUGUUAAUAAAUAGAAAAUGCAUAAAUGAGUCAUAGUAAUAAUACAUUUUCUUACUAUUAAUAUUACAUUGUCAUGCGUUAAAACGGAUCACCAACUAUAAUAAUUGUUGAUAACAGCCAAUGAAGUGGUAAGUAAAAUUACAAAUAACCAAGUAAGACGAGUUUCCUUCAUGUUAACUGUAUAAAUCAUAAUGUUGACCAACCUUAGCUAUGAUUUAAGUGAUUGAAAACAAUCACUGAGUGUUUUUAUUAAAAAUUCUAAAAACAUCAAAACAAUCCCAUCUUAAAAAAGUUGAUUCAUGCUAAAAUAUGAUCCACUUAUUAAACGAUACUUUAAUUCAAUUUUUUUUGGUAAAAAGUUCAAAUUAUUAUAUCAAAAUUUGUUAGUUCAUUCAAAUUGAACAACACAAAGAAUAUAAGAACUCUAUUCAAUUGCAACCUGUCUAUGCUUUAUCGCUUAAAGUAGUUCAUUAUUUUCUGCCUAAAUAGUUUAAUAGAAUAUCUUUUUUGUUUAAUUUAAGUUACCUUGGUUAAAACACUUCCCUCGUAUUUAGUGAUACACAUUUCUGACAAAUCCUGCGAUCGGGAUAGUGGAUGUGCACUGCUUAGGGGCCCCGCAACAGAACGAAACGGCCGUCCAGUGGUUCCAGGUUUUCAAUGAUGGUCUAACAUCAAUCGGUUC